AGUAAAGAUAGAAUGUUUUCGAUAAACGAGGAAAAUAGAAAAGAGAGAGAAAGAAAACAAACCAUGCCAGCGAAAUCCCAAUCCAGAUGUCGAAGUGAAAAAUUCAGCACAAAAAUAAGUGUUCCAAUGAUGUAAUCUAAAUGAGAAAUUUAUAUACUGGUGUUUAGUUAUUCUCCUUGGUGUGCUGGCCGGAUGGUGAAGCAGUACAAACCAAUAAUGACACAAAAAAACUGGGAAGUGUUUCCUGGUAGAAAUAAGUUUUAUUGCAAUGGGCGAAUAAUAAUGUCCAGAAGUAACUGUGUAUUUAUGCUUACAGUGAUUCUUAUAAUUGGCACCUCAGGGCUAUUCUUUGCAUUUGAUUGUCCCUUUUUGACAGAAGAAUUAUCAAUAGCAAUACCAAUAGUUGGAGCAUGGUUGUUUAUUUUUGUUAUGGCAACUCUUCUUCGUACAGCCUUUAGUGAUCCAGGCAUUAUACCAAGAGCUUCUGCAGAUGAAGCUGCAUAUAUAGAAAAAUCUUUAGCUGCACCGACUGUGGAGCCAGGUGUAUAUCGACCACCAGCAAGGCAAAUAGAUGUAGAAAUAAAAGGUCAAGUUAUCAAAUUAAAAUAUUGUUUCACCUGCAAGAUAUUUCGUCCACCAAGAGCAUCACAUUGCAGCAUGUGUGAUAACUGUGUUGAGCGAUUUGACCACCAUUGCCCAUGGGUCGGGAACUGUGUUGGCAAAAGAAAUUAUCGUUAUUUUUAUCUCUUUCUUGUUUCACUAUCAUUUCUAUGUGUGUAUAUAUUUGCAUGUAAUGUGGCUCACCUGGUCCUACGGAGCAAUAAAAAGAAUUCAUUUCUUGACGCAUUGAAAGAAACACCUACAAGUGCAUUGGUUUCAAUUAUAUGUUUCUUCUCGGUUUGGUCAGUUGUUGGAUUAGCUGGUUUCCACACCUACUUAGUUUCUUCCAAUUUGACAACCAAUGAAGAUAUAAAAGGCACCUGGGCAGCCAAACGUGGUGAAAAGAAUGAAAACCCUUAUAGUAGGGGUUCGGUGUUAGGAAAUUGUUUUCAUAUAUUAUUUGGUCCAGCUUAUCCUAGUUUAAUACGACGUUUAGAAUUAGUUUCACCAGAUCCAUUAGAAACUUUAGAGAGGUUUGGUUCGUCUGGAUCUACGACUGUAAAUAUUUACAACACUCCAUCGCAGAGCUUUCAUGAUAUAGACAAUGAUUCAGUUAGAUCGCAAAGUGCACCGAUUAUGGGAGCCCAUACCUUGGAGAGUUCAGAUAAUCUUCGAGAAGAUAGUGAGAAUGGUCUGUUGAAGUUAAGUAGCGUUUAGAAUAAAGAAAUGUUUUUUGUUCUUUAAACGAGGAUUGCUUGCAAAGCAAUAUAUGGAAACAAAUAUAAAACCGUUAGGAGUUUGUUAAAUGUGGUAGCGAUUGAAUAACUUACGAAGUCGUUACACUCCGCGAUGGAGUUACCAACGUUUAAAAAUUCUAUUGAACACACAUGCAGUGAAAUUGGUUAUUAAGUGAUUUUGUAAUGUAAUAUUUGACGUUAAAUUUUUAUUUUUGUUUUAUAGCAUACAACGAAAGAACUUUUUCUGUUUUAUAAACCUUUGCACGUUUUUUUAGUAGACAUUAGAAAUAAUCAAAAAUGAACUGUAUCUUUGGCUUGUUUUUUCAAAAAUUGAGAACUUUAACAUAGAAUGGUUACUAUUUUCUGAAAAUGCAAUAUACUUCUUCAAAAAAAGUUGAAAAAGAUAAGGAAACUUCUGAAAGACUUUUGGAAUAUAAUUUUUCGAAAUUUAUUUUUUGCUUAGGUGUGUUUUUUAGACAUUCAAAUAAAAUUUCUCUUUUUUUCGAUACUCUUGAAAAACUCCUAGAAUUUCCUUUUUGAAAAUGAGUGGUCAGCCUGCUCCUGUUUAAAAAAACGUGUAUGCUAAAUUAUCAUAUCUUUUUUGUAACUCGAUUUUUUGCUGUGAACUUUUUUUGUUGAUCGCCUAUAAUUGGAAGAGGUAUUACAGCCAUGUCUUAAUACAAACCAUUCUCUCCUAUUUGUACUAAGUGUUAACACCGUUUGAGUGACGUUUUAUUUAAAUUUGCAUGUUUCAUUAAAGUUACGGGUUGUUGCCUUAAAAACCUCAGCUGUUGCGUCUUUAACCCUUGGGACUGUACCUAAGUUCACGCCGGCGCUGUGGUCACAGGUACUUUUAACGCUCUCUUUAUAGUUGCAACUUAUCAUCGUCAACACGGUUUCAACGCCACGUUGGCAAUGUUAAAGAUAAUUUAAGACUGAUUUUCUGUACGUUGACAGGUUUCCUUUCUAUUCUUUAUGUGAACUAUAAAAUUUAUAGAUUUAAUGUAUUAUUUUUUUUAGUUUUGAGAUUUUUUUUACACUUAGGAUAUACUUUAUUUUCAUCUAAAAAGAAUGAAAGUGAAACAGGA